UGUGCGCUGAGGGAGGGAAGAUGGCGGCGCGGGCGGGUUUCCAGGCUGUGGCUCCGAGCGGCGGCGGCGGUGGCGCCGGGCCUGUGGCGGGAGCGUUAGGGCCGGGCGCGGCUGGGCCUCCGGUUCGAAUGGGCCCGGCUCCCGGGCAAGGAAUGUACCGCUCGCCUCUGCCGGGCGCCGCGUACCCGCGCCCUGGCAUGCUGCCUGGAAGCCGCAUGACCCCUCAAGGACCUGCCAUGGGCCCUCCAGGUUACGGUGGCAGUCCUUCAGUCCGACCUGGGAUGGCUCAGUCAGGAAUGGACCAGUCUCGGAAAAGGCCAGCCCCUCAGCAGAUCCAGCAGGUUCAGCAGCAGGCAGUGCAGAACCGUAACCACAAUGCCAAGAAGAAGAAGAUGGCGGAUAAGAUUCUACCUCAGCGGAUCCGGGAGCUGGUACCGGAGUCUCAGGCGUACAUGGAUUUGUUGGCUUUUGAAAGGAAAUUGGACCAGACCAUUAUGAGGAAACGCUUAGAUAUCCAGGAGGCCUUGAAACGGCCUAUUAAGCAAAAGCGGAAGCUGCGCAUUUUCAUCUCGAACACCUUCAACCCAGCCAAGUCAGAUGCAGAGGAUGGUGAAGGCACAGUGGCUUCCUGGGAGCUCCGUGUUGAGGGGCGGCUGUUAGAGGAUUCUGCUCUUUCCAAGUACGAUGCUACCAAGCAGAAAAGAAAGUUCUCAUCCUUUUUUAAGUCUCUGGUGAUCGAACUGGACAAAGACCUGUAUGGCCCAGACAAUCAUCUGGUGGAGUGGCACAGGACGGCCACCACCCAGGAGACGGACGGCUUCCAGGUGAAAAGGCCUGGAGAUGUGAACGUGCGCUGCACUGUCCUCCUGAUGCUGGACUACCAGCCUCCACAGUUCAAACUAGACCCUCGUUUGGCUCGCCUUUUGGGGAUCCACACACAGACCCGUCCAGUGAUCAUCCAGGCCCUGUGGCAAUACAUCAAGACUCAUAAGCUGCAGGACCCACAUGAGCGGGAGUACGUCAUUUGUGACAAGUACCUUCAGCAGAUAUUUGAGUCUCAGCGAAUGAAGUUCUCUGAGAUCCCCCAGCGGUUGCACGCUUUGCUUAUGCCACCAGAGCCCAUCAUCAUCAACCACGUUAUCAGCGUUGAUCCAAAUGAUCAAAAGAAAACGGCCUGCUAUGACAUUGAUGUGGAGGUGGAUGAUACUUUGAAAACCCAGAUGAAUUCUUUCCUGCUCUCCACGGCCAGCCAGCAGGAGAUAGCUGCUCUAGACAACAAGAUCCACGAGACAAUAGAAACCAUCAACCAGCUGAAGACCCAGCGGGAAUUCAUGCUGAGCUUUGCUAGAGACCCCCAAGGCUUCAUCAAUGACUGGCUGCAAUCCCAAUGCCGGGAUCUGAAGACUAUGACAGAUGUUGUUGGGAACCCAGAAGAGGAGCGCCGAGCAGAAUUCUAUUUCCAGCCAUGGGCUCAGGAGGCCGUGUGCAGAUACUUCUACUCUAAGGUUCAACAGAGACGGCAAGAGCUAGAACAGGCUCUGGGAAUCCGCAACACAUAGAGGGGCCUGCCAAUCCCCUCGCUAGCAGGUCUCGUGGCUACCAAACACUGCAGGGAUUCACUGCUCAGGCCUACGCCAUUCCCACUCCAGCACAGAACCUACCACUGCUCUCCCAUCCUAUCCACCAUCAUCUCUUCUCUGCUGCUGUUACUCUCCUCUGCUUUGAGGGGGGGAAUGUAGUCAGCAGGCAGGCCAAAGGUCUUGCAUUUCAGCCUGGCCUCCUUCCUUUGAUCGUUGCCUUCAGAGCCCCAGGGCUCUCCCGUCUCGGCUCUAGCUGAACCUCUUCUGUGCUCAGGACAGUUUCGGUUCAGAGCCUUGCAAGCUCAGGACCUCCUUGCCAAUCCCGAGAUGGCCCCCCACCCCACCUCCCCCAGAGCAGUGGUGUCGGACAGCUUUUCUGCACAUCAGCUCUGGAUCUUGCAAGUGGGCACAGGUCGGGGGCUGUUCCGUUUCCCCUCUGAUCUGACCACUGAGCAGUGGUCAGGCACCACUGCUGUGAGUUUCAAAUGCCUUCUGGUCUUUUAAGGGGUGAGGAAGGUUGUGCUGGUGCAUCUGUUGGGAGAGGAUGCAUUCCCCCCCCUCUUUUUACGUGACUCUCCCACUGGGAACCAAAACACAGCAAAGCUGGCAUAAGUCAUGGCGGCCAUAAGUCAUGGCGGCCUACCUGUCUUGCCUGAUUUUAUUUUGGGGACUUUUUUUCAUUGGGCAGGUAGAGCUGUCGGGCUCUGGGACUAUUGCUGGGCUGUAGUGGUGACCCAAGGUCACCACUUUUUUAAAAAAAAAAAGCAUCUCCAUCCCAGCCCUUUAUUUCUUCUCCCUCCCAUUGAUUCUCUGGAUACACAGAAGUUGACCGAAGAGGCUCCUCCAGGCUGCACUUGCUCUCGUUCCGCCUCCCUCAGCUGACCGGCAUAGAGCAGGUUUCUGGGGCAAAUCAUAAGAUGGGAAAUGGGGGGGGCGGGGGGGGCACCAGCAGGUGUCCUUGACGUGGAGAGACCACAGCUUAGAUGCCGAUCAGCAGAACAGGCCAGCCUCACAUCUAGCGUGUAUUUCUUGGUCUUGGGCACCUGCUGAGUUUUGGCAGGUUGGAGGGAAGGAUCUUUCUGCUGAACUGGUUUUGGGGACUGUAAUGCAGCUGGACAGGUCCCAGCUGCUUGUAUUCUGACACUAGCUGCAAAAAAUCAAGUUACUGACAAGCCCCCCAGCUGCCUCUUAAGCGAGGCUGGGGACUGCUUUAAAUUCAGGAGUCCGGGUGGCCCUAAUCCUUAGUGUGUGCGUCCGUGUUAAGAGGUGGAGACUCUCUACCCUUUCUGUCUUGUUUUUUCCACAUGAAAGGCCACCUUGCCCUAUUACCUGCUCUUUCCCCCGCUUUAAAGUACCAGGGAAUAGAACCCUUGUGCCCUCUGUAGCUGCCACAGGCUCUCGAGGCAAGUAUAGAUGAAGGAAGCUCAGAGACUGGCUGGCUGGCUGGCAAAGUGUUGUUUUUAACUGCUCCCUUAUUAUGCUUUGUGUUUGUGGUCCCUCCCACCCAUUCCCCUUGGACCAAAUUUUUUUUGUACUGUAUCCUUUUAGAUGUCACCCAGUUUUAAAUAAAAGCUGCCUCUAAGUGAA